GUUGUUAUCGACUCCUGUGUUAAGAUGCACCCCGUGCUUCUAAUUGUGUUAUUUCUGUGCACGGAUUUGUGACAAGUAGUGUAACUGUAAGCAAUUAAUGAGACUUACUUCAAUCUUUGUCGUCAAUACAUUAUAGCAUUGCUUAUUAGAUAAACACUGUUGACGAUAAUUGUUUGAGAUACAUUUUGGAGAACUUGUCCUAGAAUUGGCCGACCCGAUACCAUGUCGAGGUCAAGAGGCCAGUAGUGUAGGCCGGUCUACUGAUAGGCACGUGAAGUUUGUGUUUCGUCAUGGACGGAUUAAAAAACUGGACGGGGUGUUACGCAAGUGACUUGUGACUCUGGGCCCGUUCCGUUCUUUGAGUACUUGGGCUCGUCCCAUUGGAUUGAUAUACUGUGUUAACUGGAUUAGUCAAUUCUGACUGGAUUAUUGGAUUAGCCAGCUCUGAGAGGACCGCUGAUCACAACCAUGGGGACGUGGUUGAAACGGAGUACGUCAAAAAAAUACGUCUUCAAUCAUGAACAGGAAAGCAUGGACCAGAUCCUAGAGGGGUUGUUGGAGUCCCAGCAACCAGAUGGGGUCAAGGUUGCCAUCAUCAGCCGUAUCUGUGACCAGGGUACACAGCAGAACCAUCCUGUCAGCGCCAUCAAAGGGGUCUUCCAGGUGAGCUGUAAAUGGGUACUCCAUGGCACCACCGCCCUGCAGGUGUCCUCUGGCUUUAAACUCCUCAACACCUGGGGUGUCCACAACCUGGAGAGUUUUCUCAGCUUCUUCACACCUGAGUUUGUCAGUCAGGUCUUAAACCCAGGCUACGGGACUGAUGCCAAUGUUCCCUUGUUGAUACGUGAAGGUUUGCGUGUGUUGAGCCACAUGGAUCCGUCUUGCUACGUGGACCACACCCUGGUGGUUCAGAGGAACAUCACCAGGUUCAUCACUGGCACCAGCGACUGCCUGCUGGUGCGCAAUGUGGGGCUGCUGCUCUCAGAGUUCACAGACUGCAUCCCCACCGUGGAGACCAACAUCAGCAAUUUUUGCUUAGCGGUGAUUCACCUUCUUAGUGUAGCUAUGCAGCCCACGGAUGGGAAGGAGAUACUGAAGGUGAUGAAACUUAUGGAUGAGAUUGGCAAUUUCCUGAGCCUGGUCUGGAAGCUGAAUCCUCCCAGCCUGCUCUCAGAUUGCCUGGUGGAGAUAUUCCGCAUCAUCUCAUCCCCCAGAACAGAACUGUCUGCAGAACCAGCCAUUUCCUUAGCCACUGUCGUCAAGCACAUACCCAUUGAGUUUGCCAACAGGGUUGUCAAAGAUGUGGUAACUGACACCACCAUCAGUGACGAAUCCAUCGGGACGGCAGUGGGGCAGAUAGUUGAGUGGCUCAAGUGGCCCAUGGCCCAGAAUGUGGACCUGUGGCUAUCCUGCUUCCUGACAGAGCUGGCCCUCAACCACCGGUACACGCUGUUGGUACAGAUCACAGAGACCAACACAGAGCAGGUGGUUGACAACUUAGCCUACCCUCAGCUCUGGAAUGCUUCCUUCAAGAUUCUCUCACAAAUGUUACUCAGUUACCAGCGGUCACCCAGCCCAUUUCAUAAGGCACUGGAGAAAGUCCCCUGUAUCAUAGCUGUGCUGAGGAAGGAAGGAACCAAGCAGAGCCAAGCCAACCUGGUCAAGCUGUCUCAGCUCCUGCACUGCCUCAUGUACCUGCACACAGGUUUCCCUGAGUUGUAUGACCCCAUCCUGGACCUUAUCAAGGACUUGCCCACCCCUAGUACAGAUGAAAUCAAGACAAAGCUCCAGCAGACCAAAUGGUCAUCAGUGGUCAGUGACCCUGUGCCCAUAGAGACAUCCUGCACAGCCACACUGUCCACAGCUGUGAAGCACCAGAAGUUGGAGACAGGCAAGACAGGGCUAGAGAACCUGGGGAACACAUGCUACAUGAACAGUGUGCUGCAGGCCCUGUAUAUGUGUGACCAGUUCAGGAGAGGCAUCUUGAACAAAGCACCAUCAGGACGUGAGACCCUACUGGUCAAGCUCCAGCAUGUCUUUGCCAUGUUGAGUCAGUCCUCUCGCCCAGCCAUUGCCCCAACCAAAUUCCUGCAGGCGUCACGCCCGCCAUGGUUCCAGCCUGGCCACCAGCAAGACUGUUCAGAGUUCCUCAAGUACCUCUUGGACCAGCUGCACGAGGAUGAGAAGACAGCCAGCGCCAAAACCCUGAUGAAAAGUCCAUCCACUGGCUCCAUGUCCAAUGAGAAUUUCAAAAUGACAGAUGGCUCCGUGGGUAAAGGGAGCAAGAAAGCCACGGUCAUGCUGACGGCAAUUAAAAAGAUGACAGAGGAGGAGAUGAAUGGGGGUGGCAGCUCGGAGAGUGAUAAACUUUCUCAGCAGCCCCCAACGCUUGUAGAGAACACUUUCCGCGGUAAAGUCCAAACCACCCUGAGGUGCCUGGCCUGCAAGCAGGAGUCCCAGAGGGUGGAGAGCUUCUCAGAUAUCCCCCUGGCGUUUCCAAACGCUUCCAAAUCCUCCGACUACCCUCACAAGAUUCUUGCGGGCGGGAGUGGCGUCCCCACGUCUAACAGCGUCCCCGAGAGCCCGCAGUCUGAGAAGAGCUUAGAUUUUUCUUCUAUGUCAGAGGGCAGCAAGGGUACCUUCACGUUGAAUGAUUUGAUUUCCUUCUACCUGAAGCCAGAGAUGCUGACUGGGGACAACAAGUACCACUGUGACAGCUGUGGGAAGCUUCAGGAUGGGGAGAGGAGGAUCCACAUCCUCGAAUCCCCGCAGUACCUCAUCCUAACACUUCUCCGGUUUUCAUACGACACUAAACUCCAAACCCGUACAAAGAUCUUUCAGGAUGUGCGUUACCCCCGUACGCUGGCUGUGCCGGUGUGUAAACCUGCGUCCUCCCCGACUGACUCUAAAUCAAACCCAUUAAAGCACCACACACGGGCUGGCAGUUUGUCUGGGAUGCAUUCAAGAAGCAAUAGUUUAAAAAACCCAGUUCACUUGGCCAAGCUUGAGGGCAUCGCCCAGAAGCUGGCGCCGUCAUGCGAGGGCGUUAACCCCGGCUACCAGUUCUGUGAUUUGUACGGCCUCUCCGCCGUCAUCGUGCAUUCGGGCGUGUCCUCGGAGUGUGGCCACUACUACUGCUACGCCCGCCACUCCCAGGCUGGUCAGAUAGACUUGAGCCUGCUGGACAGGGCGGGGGAGGACUACGAGAACCUUGACCUUCUUCCAGACAAGUGGUACAACUUUAACGACAGCAGAGUGUCACAUGCUCAUUUUGAAACAUUCAGUAAUGUGACCAAAAGAUUCUCCAAAGACACAGUGUAUGUCCUGAUAUACCGUAAGAUUGACACGGGUGGACAGAGCCUGGCUAUUGUGUCAGACCCCAUACUGAGGCCUGACUUGAGGGAUGCUGUCGUCAAGGACAACGAAGCUUACCAGCUGGAACAAGAACAAGAGGCCAAAGCUAUGGCCGAGCAAAGACGACGCUCCUCCUCUGCGUCGUCAACCUUCAGAAACUGGCGUGACGACGAUGAUGAUGAUGACCGAGGUGGGCGUGGCGGUCCCCCUGGGUGCGGGGACGGGUUCUGUGGUGGUCUGGAUACAUCUGGUUCCAGAUUCGUCUUCUAAAAAAAAAAACUAUUUCACCCCACAAACACUUGAGUGUAGCUGUAUCUCCAGGACAGGUCUGGCCCUUCACGUUUAGAUAUCUUGUUCCCAGAAUGUUCUAGAAGUUUAUGACUGUGCCAGUACGGGUGUGAAGGGGAGCAGAUGGUUACCAGAGACUCGUAUGUUUGACAGAAUUUACCUCCUGCCCAAGAGAGGCCUGUAAAAUAUUUAAUCUACAUAAUACAUGCCUAGAAUUGUGUAUGUGACAUCUUAUUCAGAUGGUGCUCUUUUGUAUAUACUUUUUUUUUAAACUUUUAGCGUAUGUUUUUAAAUCAGUCUUUUUUUUUUUUCAUUUAAAUUUUUUAAAAAUAGUUUUUAAAUUUGGAAAGAAAAUUUGUUGGAAAAAUACAUUUCUACUGUCUUAAUGACUGGAUCCAAAACAAAUCAAUAAGUUAAAUAUGCAAGAUUUGGUUCAUAAUAUGCAGUUAGUGACAAAACCUCUUGUAAAUAGCAACUAUUAAAUGCAGUAUAAAUUUUCACAUCAUUAGUUUUUUAAUAAAAAUGUUUAUAACCUUUUAAGUGUAAAGCUUUUGUUCUAUGUAUUAUAUUCAUGUAUUAUUUGUUCAUGUAUACAAUUUUCAGUUUUUUAUUUUAUUUAGAAAUUUUUUUUAUAAACUUUUGUUAUUUUCUUAUGUUGCAUGUAAAACAAUUUUGUUAAAAUUGUGAUUUGCAUUUAAAACUUCAGAGGUCAUACCCUAAUUGCACCCAGUUCUCUUAUGUCUGCUAUCUAAUUUAUUUGUACAUAAUAAUUUCCCUUGCCAUUAACCCUUUCAGAUUGAAAGCCCCACUGUAUGGAGUGGUGUGGCAAGGGUUAAUCUUAGUUUUCAGUAUUUCUUGUUGCUUGUCUCAUUUAAAUAUUUGUGGUAUUUAAGAAUAAGGAUUUAGACUUAUAUCUGGUAUAUAAAAUAUAUAAAAUAUAUAAAAUAUAAGCGGUCAUUCAUUUAUGACUUCAGUGGAGGUAGGAAAAGUCAGGGAAAAAAUUUAGACUUCCGAGGAGGAUUGUUUGGGGGGGGGGGGUGUCUUCUUGUGGAUGUCAGCUUGAUGAAUUUAAUUCACCUGCGUAAAAAUGUGGACAUUUAAAAGGCAGGGAUUAUGUUUAAAAACAUUAAAACAUCAGGUAUUUAAUAAAUGAUUUAUAUUUAUAAAAUUAGUACUUCAACUGUAAACGUGCAAGAAGGGAGACAGAGAGUUCAUGAACUUUAGCAGGACAUAUGGCUUAAUAUAGGGCUGUAUAGGACUAAUGAAAAGAAUCAUUUUCAGUUUUCUUUCCAUCAGUCUGCAUCAGUUUUUGGUUGAUAUAUGAGACAUCAUAAAAAUUAAACAAGUGCUCACUAUAAUUAUACAUUUAAAAAAUAUUUAGUUUUUUAAAAGCAUUCUUGAUUCCAUUUCUAGUACUGAAUAACUGACAUUACCAAAUCAAAGAAAUUAUAAUGUAAAUGAUUAGCAUUGCAAUGUACAUAUAAACCUGUUAUGGAAUUUGUAUAUUGAAAGUUUAUCUUGAGAGGUUUUAAGUCUUUUAGGAUGAUCACAACAAGGAAGAGACAGAGGUAGGGGAGGGGGUGUACAAUUCCAAUUUUUGUGGAUGUCAUAAUUGAAUGACCCCUAAUUAUUUAUUUCUUAAUUGCUGUUAUGUUUUUCAUGUGAUAAUCAGCUAGUUAAACUUGGUCUGGUAUUAUAAAGGGUAAAAUGUGUUUACAAGCAGAAUUUGUUAAAUAACUAUAUUGUAUUAGUAAUUUCCAUUGAUUAAAUUAUUCUAAAUUAUGAAAUAAAUUGGUUAUUCCCCCCCCUUCCCCUUAAGGUAACCAGUUGCAAUUACCAAACAUUUCUUACUUAUUUGGUGUAUUGGUUGUCUGUGGAAGGGGAAGUUCAGGAAUGUUACUCUUGGUGUAAUGGUAGAAGUAGGGUCAGGAGUGUAAGUGUAAUGGGAGGGGAGGGUCAGGAAUGUUACUGUAGGUGUAAUGGUAGAAGUAGGGUCAGGAGUGUAAGUGUAAUGGGAAGGUUAGUAGUGUAAUGGGAGGGUCGGGUCAGGAAUGCUCUAGGUGUAAUGGUAGAAAUAGGGUCAGGAAUGAAAGUGUAAUGGGAGUAGUAGGGUCAGGAAUAUUACUGUAGGUGUAAUGGUAUCAUUAGGAUCAUGAGUUAAAGUGUAAUGGUAGGGGUAGGAGUGUAAGUGUAAUGGGAGGGGAAGGGUCAGGAAUGAUACUUAAGUGUAAUAGGAGUUAUAGGGACAUUUUUUGUUACUCUAGGUGUAUUAUGAGGGUGAGAGCCAGGAGUGUCU